CAUUGGAUUGCAAUCGUACCAAGAAGCUACUCCCAAAGGUGUGUACACAAAAUUAUUUUCAGAAAGAAAUAACACCAAGAUUUGGACUCAAUGGUCUUUUCGACCUAUAUAGAAAGAAGUUCUGGGAAUAUAGAGCUGGCAGUGAGAAGCAUGAAAUAUGUAAUUAUGAAAAUGAUCUACUCCCAUUUUUACAGUUGGAUGCUUCUUUAGGAAAAUUUUUACAACUUUUGAAAUGCAACUCUNGUCUACAGAGAAAUACAAAAACAUUAAAGAGAGAUAUUUGGGUGAAUAAACACACUUCCCUGAAGCAUUUACCAAGUAGUAUGGUAUUAGACAAUACUACAAUACUUUAUGAAGAAAGGAGAUUUUGGAGAAGAGAAAAAAAUACUGAUUAUCAUCAAUGUGAAAGAUAUUUCUCUAAAAAUAUAUUAUGUCUCCCUCAACCAUUAAAUCGAGUUUAUGACAAGUUCUACCAUUUAGAUCAACAUAAGAAAGUGUCUACAUAUGCAGUGAAACUUGGAACAUAUCACAUGGGAAGCAGUUGUGGGAACACCAACAGAGUAAAUGAUAAUAACAUAGGCUACAUUAAAAACCCUUUUCUGAAGUAUUACCAAAACAAUCAACUUGGAGGGAUUUUAUACCAAGGUAAUAACAUAUUAUAUGAUUCUCAUCAUGAAACAAUUCUAAGUAAAAACGUGAUAAGUAAAUGUAUUUCAGAAAAUUAUUAUAACCAUGAUAGUAGACAGGCUAGGUCUAAUCACUGCUCUCAGUCAAUUUUGCAACAGCAGGACCAUACCACAGAGAACCUUUAUGACAUUUUAAAAGAAUCCUUAAUUCUUCAGGUUUAUAACAGAACAUGGACUAAAGGAGAUACNAACAGAUACACAUGUGAUACAUACAGGAAUGCCUUAAUUGAAUCAUUAUACUUAGAGAGAGAUAAUAUAAAACACAUUAAAAAACUUUUCCAGGACCCAGGAUAUGAUAAGUCCUUGAAUUUCAAUUCCAAUAUCAUUCAGUAUGAUUCAAACCAUAAUGAAAGGGGAAUUCAGAAUGCCAGAGUACAUAUAUACAGUUUUUGUAAUGUGUCAGAUCUCUUGGGACAUUCAAACUUAUCAGUUGAAGAAAAACACUCAAAAUAUAAAACACCAGGGAAAUGUUCCAGUAAACCCUCAGGCCUUAUGGUAUUUGAAACUAGAGGAAAAUCAUGGAAAUCAUGUAUGCAAUGUGGCAAGUGCUUUGCUCAGUACUCAGCUCUUCAAAACCCUCACAGAAUCCAUACUGUAAAGAAACCUUUCAGUUGUAAGGAAUGUUCAAAAUCAUUUACUUGGUCUUCAAAACUUCAAGAUCACGACAGAAUACACACUGCACAAGAACUUUAUAAAUCUAAUAAGUGUGGGGAAUCAUUUAUCCAGUCAUCAAAUCUUCUAGCUCACCAAAGAAUUNAUACAGGAGACAAACCCUACAAAUGUAAUAAAUGUGGUAAAUANUUUACCCGGUCUUCAAAUCUUCAAGUGCAUCAGAGAGUCCACACAGGAGACAAACCUUACAAAUGUAAUAAAUGUGGGAAAUCAUUCACACAGUCCCCAAGUCUUAAAAUUCAUCACAGAAUCCAUACAGGUGACAAAACUUACAGAUGUAAUGAAUGUGGUGAAUAUUUUAUUCGGUCUUCAAAUCUUAAAGUUCAUCAGAGAGUCUACACAGGAGACAAACCAUACAAAUGUAAUGAAUGUGGGAAAUCAUUUACACAAUCUUCAAGUCUUAAAGUUCACCACAGAAUCCAUACAGGAGAUAAACCUUACAAAUGUAAUGAAUGUGGGAAAAGCUUUAUACAGUCCUCAGAUCUUAAAAAUCACUACAGAAGCCACACUGGAGUCAAACCUUACAAGUGUAAUGAAUGUGGGAAAAGCUUUAGACAGUCCUCAGAUCUUAAAAAUCACUACAGAAUCCAUACUGGAGACAAACCUUAA